UAUAAUAUGUACAUGAAAGCGAAAGUAAUGUUGCUUGUCCGGAUAGCUCAAUAAUAGAACGUUCAGUCAGUCGGCACGAAUCACUCGUUCCGAUAGCAGCAGCCUCCGGACCGCACGCCAGUCGGGAUGGGAGAUAUUCUCACAAACGAAGGCGAGGAGAACGGUCUCCCCGAAGAAGCCCCUGAUACACAGAGAAGGACAGACCCAGGGAACGACCUAGCCCGUCUCACAGACCGGAGUCAGUCCCUGGAUCCCUGCAGGGGAAUUAACUCUGACAUCGGUUACAGCGGCCUGCGGAACCAGGGCGCCACCUGCUACCUGAACACGGUACUGCAGAUGCUGUACCUGACCCCAGGGUUCAGUGAGGCUCUGGAGAGGGAGGAGGGUGGGGAGGGUGGAGUCGUGUCCCAGCUGAAGAGGAUCUUCUCUGAAUUGAAGACGGGCGAAGGCAGCACUGUGGGCCUCACACAAACCCUCGGCAUCCGGAACGUUCAUGAACAACAGGAUGCAGCAGAAUACUUUCUGAGGAUUCUGAACAGUCUCAAUCCUCACCUGUCACAGAUGUUCCAGGGCAGUGUGAGGAACAGCACUGUGUGUGUGAGAGGACAGCAUGAGGCCAGUGUGGAGUGCUGCCCCUUCCUCAUCCUGCCCCUCCCCCUCCUGCCCAGCGGGGACUCAGAGCAGCAGUACAGCCUGGAGGACAGCUGGUGUGCCUGUUUCAGAUCUUCAGUGUUAGACGGAGACAAUCAGAUGUACUGUGACAUCUGUGAGGAAAAGACGGAUGCAGAAGCUAUGUCUCAGAUUGAAGAGUAUCCCCAGGUACUCAUGUUGCACCUGAAGAGGUUUGAGUUCGAUUACACCUGGAUGCGCUACACGAAGAACAGCAGUAUUGUGGAGAUUCCCUUGUCGCUGAACGUUGAGAAACACAGGUAUGACCUCUACGCCAUUGCUGACCAUGUCGGGAGCUACACGGGAGGCCAUUACUUUGCUCAUAUCAGGUCGUAUGAGACGCAGAGCUGGUACACGUUUAAUGAUGCCCGCGUGGAGGAGGACCAGCUCACCCCUCAGGAUGUCAUCAGAUCUCGGAAUGCAUACCUGCUCAUGUACAUGAAAAGGGACGGUCCUCACUACUGGCCAGGGCCCUCGCCUGUGCUUCCUGUGACACCUGCAGAGUCACCUGUGCUACCCGUGACACAACAUCAGAGAAACACGCAAUACUUCAGACACUCAGAAUACCUGAUACAGCCAUUUUACACGAGACCCUCACAACACCUGAGAUGGUUGCCUUACCAGAGACCCUCAGAAUACCUGAUACAGCCAUUUUACACGAGACCCUCACAACACCUGAGAUGGUUGCCUUACCAGAGACCCUCAGAAUACCUGAAACAGUCAUUUUACACGAGACCCUCACAACACCUGAGAUGGUUGCCUUACCAGAGACCCUCAGAAUACCUGAAACAGUCAUUUUACACGAGACCCUCACAACACCUGAGAUGGUUGCCUUACCAGAGACCCUCAGAAUACCUGAAACAGUCAUUUUACACGAGACCCUCACAACACCUGAGAUGGUAGCAAUACCAAAGACACUCACAAUACGUAAGUGGUCAUUUAACCUGGACCACUUCACACCUAGGACAGCCUAUUGAUAAAGAAGCUGUUUGGUUUCUUCAGUUAUAAUAUUAAUUUGGAUAGUAUGCAUAUCCUGCUUUCUCCAGAAAGCUGUUUCAGUUUGUGUGGGAUGGCAGGCCAGGCCAGGCUAGGGAUACUGUAUGGUGUACAAUUCAUGUUUUCCUUAAAUAAUUGCAAAUAUUAUAAAAUAAUAUCUCUGGUGCUACCUGUUUUCUUUCCUUUUAAAUGGUACAGUAGAUAAUGCAGAUGAUUGCUAAUCAUCCUAAUUUAA